AGAUUUUAGCGUGACUGUUUUGGGGUAAAGAUGAAAGAUUCUUUGACUCUCCUGGCUCGCAUCACAGCACACCCAGAUUCCCGAUGCUGGUUUCUAGCCUGGAAUCCUGCAGGGACUCUCUUAGCUUCCUGUGGUGGGGAUCGGAGCAUUCGUAUAUGGGGCAAGGAGGGCGACACUUGGGUGUGCAAAUCAGUGCUGGGUGAGGGACACCAGAGGACCAUCCGCAAGGUGGCCUGGUCCCCCUGUGGGAACUACCUGGCUUCAGCCAGCUUUGACGCUACCACCUGCAUCUGGAAGAAGAACCAAGAGGAUUUUGAGUGUGUAGCAACUCUAGAGGGCCAUGAAAAUGAGGUGAAGUCUGUGGCUUGGGCCCCAUCAGGCAGUCUCCUGGCCACCUGCAGCCGAGACAAGAGCGUCUGGGUUUGGGAAGUAGAUGAAGAGGAUGAGUAUGAAUGCAUGAGUGUCCUGAAUUCCCACACGCAAGACGUCAAACAUGUCAUUUGGCAUCCCAACCAGGAGCUGCUGGCAUCGGCCAGUUAUGACGACACAGUGAAACUGUACCGAGAGGAGGAGGAUGACUGGGUGUGCUUCAUCACGCUGGAGGGCCACGAGUCCACUGUGUGGAGCUUGGCCUUUGACCAGAGUGGGGAGCGCCUGGCCUCUUGCAGUGACGACAAGACAGUGCGUAUUUGGCGCCAGUAUAAACCAGGCAAUGAGCAAGGUGUAGUCUGCAGUGGCACAGAUCCUACAUGGAAGUGUGUUUGUACUCUGUCUGGUUUCCACACAAGAACCAUCUACGACGUGGCAUGGUGCCACUUGACAGGAGCUUUAGCCACUGCCUGCGGAGAUGAUGCAAUCAGAGUGUUUGAAGAAGAGCUGCUCUCGAACCCUCAGCAACCUACCUUCACCUUGACUGCCCACAUGGCCAGGGCCCACUCUCAGGAUGUGAACUGUGUGGCCUGGAACCCUAAGGAGCCUGGGCUCCUGGCAUCAUGCAGCGAUGAUGGGGAAAUGGCCUUCUGGAAAUACCAGCGCCCUGAGGCUUAACUGAAGAGUACCAGUGGUCCCCUGUGCCACAUGACAGUAGUGUAGUCCUUCUCAUACUGUUUCUAACACUGUUAACAGUGCCAUAUUGAGAGGCAGCAAGCUGGGUCAAAUCCUCUCACAGAUCAUGUAAAGCUUGCUCUGAAUGGUUCCUCCUUGUCCCCCAAGUGAGGUGGCAGCUUUCUCAGGAAUCAUGCAUUAGGAACAGACUGUCUUUUAGCCACAGGGGCAGAACCUUGUACUGGCUGCUGCCAGCUUCUCUUGUACAGAUUCCACAUUGCUGCCUCUGUGGUCAGAGUGGGCUUGCUGCUGAACACUGCCCCCCUCCCCCCUGGGACUUUUAUUUUUUACUGAUCCUAUAAAUGCCUGGUUGAGGGACUCUUCUCUUUCACACUGUAACUAACAAAGGAAGAGCUCUGUGCUGAUUUUUACUACUAUAUUGUACAUUUACAAUACAUUGUGGGAUGGGGGGUGGUGGUAGCAGAGCACACAAAUGCAAAGUGAAAAGACAGUUCAUGACAUUUCACCCAAAACCAGUAAAAAGCUAUUGUGAUCAUG